GUAGACUAAGAUGGCGAUGCCCGGGUGAAAGUCGUGUUUGUUAGUGGCGCGUGUGUAUUUAUUUCAAGUGUGUAAAUAAUCAGUUAAAAGAAUACUUUUAAUGAACCGUUAAAUUCACAAUGGACUUGUACUUCAGGAUUAUAUGGUGCUAGUUUCUGGUGCACACAACGAGGCAGUGUGAUCUUAAUUACAGUGCUGUCUCAUCAUUGAUCAUUUGCUAAAGAUGAAUCCUAAAUUAUAGAAACAUUUUGUUAGCUGCAGUAAGUGUACUACAUUCAAACGAGGUAGAUAACAUAGUGAUGCAAUAAUUUGAUAAGGUAUCCAGACAGUGUUUUUGUUCGACUCGAAUAUCCGUGUAAUCUCACUUACAGAAUUAAGUAGUCUCCGAAUUGUUAAAUACACAUUUCUUUACAUAAUGGAGCAAGAUCAACAACAGAUGCGAAAUUUGCGUGAUUUUCUCCUGGUCUACAACAAGAUGACCGAUAUCUGCUUCAGCCGCUGUGCGAGUAACCUGAAUUAUAGGACGCUCACCAUGGAUGAGGAGAGCUGCCUGGAUAGCUGUGCCGGGAAGCUCAUUCGUUCCAAUCAUCGCCUGAUGGGAGCUUACGUGAAGCUAAUGCCGACCAUCGUGCAACGUAGACUGGCUGAGUAUGAGAAAAAGGCUGGAGAAUUACCACAGGCUGCAGAGGGUACCUCUCUGCCCGACUUGAAUGCCCCACUGCCCAUCCAGCAGAGUAACCUCCAACCUGCAGACACAAACCAACAGGCUCCUAUCACACCUCCAUCAGAAGUGACUGCAUCCCCUGGGAGCUAGAAAACAGGCACGACUGUCCUGCACAACAGCCCAGGACAAAUGGGUUCUGCAGAUCGUGCGCAGGCCUGCCAAAGUGACGUGUAAUCAGGACUCCACCGUUAGAAAGACAGUGCCUUUAAGCCCAAGGCUGUCUCUGUUUUUCCAAUCCUUUUGUCCCUCUGUUUGUUUGCAAGUUAUGUUAUCAGUGGAAAUGUAAACGGUAAUGCUUCGAGUAAAGGUGGACUAUUUCAGAUACCUCAUUGGCUAUAAAGUAGUGAUGGGCAAUGAAAUGAAAAAUAUUAAGUACGAUGUCAAGCUGAAUUUUGUAUUAUUUUGAGAUGUGUUUUGAUGUCUGAACAGUUUAUAUGAUGUCUAUCCCGUUUAUAAUACCGAAAGUUCACAUUUAAACCAUGGUGAUGAAUACAUUAAUACUCGCAUAAGUAAUCACAUACACAAAAUUCAAUGAAAUGCUGACGCGUGCGCUUCUCUCAAAAUAAUACAAAAUUCUGCAGGACACCAGACACACCAAUAAUAGUGCCAAACUUAAUGCAGCAUGCAAAUAGCGUUUGGUACCUAAAGAUCAAUCAAUGGACUACAAUGGUUAAAUAAUACUUUAGUGUGUGCUGUUUGCCUAUGAGACUGACAAUGAUUGGUAUGUAUGGGGCUUUAUUGUAUCUUAAUAUAAAAUAAACUUGAUUAUACUGCUUUAUAUUGUAGCAGUAUUAGAUAUCGAGGUAUGGAAAUUAUCGAUAUUGAACAAUAUCGAUGUCAUAUCAAAAUAUCACUGCUGGUGGGCGUUGUAUCCAUGGCACAAUAGUAUAAUCCUAGCUCUGACUUUAUCUUGGUAUGGAGGAUAUUAAAUGGAAUAAAAAGGUCAGUGUUACUCGAUUUAAAGAGUAGCAGGGUUCUGAAAAAUAUAACGUGACACGUCCCCACGUGUUGCUACAACCGUUUAAAUAAUGAACCUGUCAUUGGAAAUAAAAAAAAAAUGUUAAUGAGGUAAUCAAUACAUUGCAGGCCUAUUCAUUUAAAUAAAAUUGUUGAAACAUCUGA